AUGGUCGGACAAUCACCACCCGCGUGUGGAGCCGCGGGAUUGUUGUCUCGCGAUGAUAACACCCAAGACGCAAUCGGCGCGGACACUCUCCGCCGCGAGCGACCCACGCCGGCGCGAGGUCCGAUCGUGAAGGCGCGCACUUCGCCAAUCGCACGACCAAGAUGCCGAUGCCGGGCAAGAUGGGCGGUUUCGGCUACGACGACGCCCAGGUGCGCCGCUCCCCGCACGCGGCGAAUUCCGCGGAUCCGCCCCUCCGCCCGCGACCCAAUCCCGCGUGCCCGAUUCCCGCGGCAACCUCCGGCACCCGCGCGCGCAUCCGUCGCUCACCCCCUCCGCGUUCGUUCCCCACACAUUCUCCAGAUCGCCGACGAGGCGCGCGAGCUGGACAAGUCGCUGCGCUCCACCAACACCGGCGAGAAGCUCAACGGCAUGAAGAAGCUCCUCGGCAUGAUGAGCGCGGGGCGCGACGUCUCCAACUUUUUCGCAUCCGUCGUCAUGAACAUCGCGCAGGACUCGUUCGAGGUCAAGGUGCUCGUGUACCUCUACCUCGUCCGAACCGCGGAGCAGAAAGCGGACGAGGCGCUCCUCUCCAUCAACUCGUUCCAGAAGGAUCUCGCGCACCAGAACCCCCGCGUGCGCGCCCUCGCGUUGCGGGUCAUGUCGUCCAUCCGCGUGCAGGUCAUCGUCCCGGUGGUGAUCCUCGCGGUGCGCAAGUGCGCGGUCGAUCCGUCGCCGUACGUCCGCAAAGCCGCGGCGCACGCCAUCCCCAAGGUGUUCCGCCUCGACCCCAAGCGCGUGGACGAGCUCACGGAGAUCAUCGAGACGAUGCUGCGGGAUUCCACCCCCUUCGUCCUGUCCUCCGCGGUUGCGGCGUUUCAGGAGGUUUGUCCCGAGCGCAUCGACCUCAUCCACCGGCACUACCGCAAGAUAUGCCGCAUGCUCGUCGACUGCGACGAGUGGGGCCAGAUCUUGCUCGCCAACUUGUUGCUGCGAUACGCGCGCACGCAGUUCACCAGGCCCGACGCGUACGAUCGCUCGCUCGCGGAUACCGGCGCGGAUGACGACGACGCGAGCAAGACGUUGGAGCUCGUGCUGCCGGGCGACGGGGGCGCGUUCGAGAAGGCGAGCUCGAACCCGCUCGCGGGAACGAAGGGGUUCUACUCCUCCUCCGACAGCGACGACAGCGACGACGACAGCGACGGCGACGACGCGGACGGGGAUGGGAGCGGCGGGAGCGAUUCCGACGUUCCCCGCGCGAAGAAGCCCCCGGCCGUCGUCAAGAAAAAGUCCGACAAAUCCAAAAAGAAGCGAUCCAAGAAGGGCGCCAAGAGGGGCCCCAAAGGGCCGAAGCCCACGAAGGACGCCGCGGCGGCCGCAGCCGAUCGCAUGACCUCAGAGUGGCUCGACGACGACCACAGGCUGCUGCUUCGAUCGUCCAGGCCGCUGCUGCAGUCGCAGAACACCGGGGUGGUGAUGGCGGCGGCGUCGCUGCAGUUUUAUCUCGCGCCCGUCGCCGACCUUCCGAAGGUUCUGAGGGCGUUGGUGUUCGCCAUGCGCAUGAAACCCGAGGCGCAGCACGUCAUGCUCAAGAACAUCUGCACGAUGUGCGCGGUGCAGUCCUCGCUGUUCCAGGCGCAUUUCGCGAGUUUCUUUGUGCAUCCGGCUGACCCGGUGGACGUUCGGGCUCUGAAGCUCGAGAUUCUCACCCACGUCGUCACCUCCGACAACGCCGCCGCGCUGCUCCGCGAGCUGCAGAGCUACCUCAGGAGCACCAACAACGAGUUUGUCGCCCUGACCAUCCGCGCCAUCGGCAGGUGCGCCGCCAUCAUGCCCCAAAUCGCCGCCGUCUGCAUCAGGUCCCUCCUCGAGCUGUCGCUCCAUCCGAGCGAGGAGGUUGCGGGCGAGGCCGUCGUCGUCAUCCGCGCGCUGGUCCAGCAAAACCCGAAGGAGCACGCCGUGAUCGUCAUGCGCCUGGUGCGCAGGCUGGAGAUGCUCGCGGCGCCCGCGGCGAGGAGCGCGGUGGCCUGGCUCGCGGGUGGCGAGCUGUACAUCUUUGGCGAAAAAGCGGUUUCGCUCGCCGCCUUACCCGAGCCGGUCACCGCGGACCCGACGCCCGAGGGACCCUCGGGGUUCGUGGCGACGCAGGUGUCCAUGCUCGAGUCCUCCCUCCUGGACUCGCCGACGGGGACGAACGGAUCGGACGCCGGGGAGGAGCGCGGCGACGCGGCUAUCGACGCGCUCAUCGCAGCCGCCGCCGGUGGAGAAGGCGAGGACUCUCCGGCGACGGAGGACGCGGGGGCGGCUGGCGCCGUCGCCGUCGUCGACGAGAAGGCGCAGAAACGGGCGGCGAAGAAGGCGGAGAAGGAGGAGAAGAAGCGGCUGGACGCGGCGAACUCGGCAAAGGCUGAGGCUGAGCAGCGAGAGAAGUUCUUUGAGCUCUCGUUUUCCGUCUUGAAGCGAUCGCUGCGAAAUUUCGCUCGAGAGACGGACGUGACGAAACUCCAGAUCCUCAACUCGGCGUGCAAGCUCUUCAUCAAGGACCCUAACCGCGUGGGACCGGUGCUCAAGCACGUGUUUGCGCUGUGCGCGACGGACCCGAGCGCGGACAUGCGCGACAGGGUUCGAAUUUACCGAGCGAUGUACGCCGUCGGCGGCAACGCGGCGCCCCUGGCGGUGCUCAAGGAGAAGGUUGUGCUCUGCGAUAAGCCCGCGCCCAAGCUGCCGAGCCCCGCGGCGCCGACGUGCGUGCACGCGUUGGGUUCGCUCUCGCACUUUGUCGAGCACGUCGCGCCGGGUUUCGUGGCUCUUCCGGACCAUCCCGACGUGCAGCCGCCUUCGCACGUUCGCGAUCAGUACUACAACCAAAACGCGGAUGCGGCGGGCAAGGGCGGGAAGAAAUCGGGCAAGGGCGGGUUCUACUCGGACAGCGACGACUCGACAUCGGACAGCGACUCGUCGGACAGCGACUCGUCGGACAGCGACUCGGGCUCGGACAGCGGCAGCGGCAGCUCGGGGUCGGGUUCCAGCUCCUCGAGCGGCUCGGAUUCGGACAGCGACUCUGGCGACGAGACUUCGAUGAGCGAGUCGAGCGACAGCGACUCGGACAGCGACUCGGGCUCGGACAGCGACUCGGGCUCGGACAGCGACUCGUCGGAUUAGGCUCUCGCGAAGUACGUGUAAUUGAUUCAUCGACACUAGGUCUUC